UUCAUCAGUGAUCUUCUGAGCACCCAACGGCUCUAUUUCCUCAUUCUCAUCACCUCCAUCACCACCCCCACCAUCUUCUUCAACGGUCUAUUCUCAUCCUGUUCCAUAAGAUUCAGACCAGACCCUUUUCUACUGCAAACAAUUCCCUCCAUCUGCUCUCUCUCUACACUCUACACUCUGCAAUCGGUCUCCCCCUCCAUCUCUAACAACAAUGGACACUGCCACCGUCACGCCUACACCAACGGUAGCCGUUCAACAUGUAACCAAAGCUUCCUCCGACGAACUCCUCAGCAAAUUCGCCGAAGUAGCUUCUCCUGAUCGUCCUUCCAAAAAAUCAUCACGUUUAUCGAAACGACAAAAGAGAUCUGCUCAAUCAUUACCACUCGUGACCGGUGAAAUCUCUGAGUUUACCGGCACAUUAGUCGUUGAAAGGAAGUCGCUCCUUCCGCCUGUUGCAUCCGGUCGCCGAUCAUUUGGCGCGGGGGCGUUGGUUAGGCAAUUAAAGGUUGGGAGAGCUCAAUUUAGGUCUAGGAAUUUCAGGAACAGAUCGUUUUUCGGAACAAUCGAGAAGACUUGGCGAAGAACCAUUGAUGGAGCGUCGAAGGUGUUCAUGGAGAAGCAGUAUAACAGGCAUAAACGCUUGCUAACCGAUACGACCUAGGUGAAUUGGUAACGAUGAUGAUGAUGAUACUGUAAUUUUUUUUUUGUGAGAUCUCACUCACAAGAAAUGUGUAGCCAUUUUUUUUCUUCCUGAGAAACAAUAAUUUUGCGUUUUACUGAUUAUCAGGGUUUGUUCAAGCAGUUC